CGUUGAAGAGCCCAUUUUAAACUGUACCUCGCGGUGCGAAUGAGGCAGCCCACUUUAUUGGGCCCUAUGAAAGAGCCCAACGGUAAUAGUUGCAAGCUCCUUUUCUGUUGACCGGCCGGAGAACAGCUAACCGCCGUCGGCAAGCACCUUCCUUUCCCGUCCCGUUCGAACUGGGAAGACCAAUUACCGACACUCCAAUUUUCCUCUGCCAUUUGCCUCGCGUUUUUUAGGCCAUAUGGCACAAUCUCCGUCGUCUUCCUCUCUCUCUGAUUAAUAGAAAGCAGAACCAGACUGCGAGAAGGGCCAAGCUGUUCCCUUCAGAGUCAAAGAUGACUUCUUCCGGUGAACGGAGACCCGACGACCACGGCAGCAACCUGGUCGGAGCCCGUUUCUUCAAAAUCAUUCUCCAGGAAACCGUUCGCGACAAGAAGCUCUUGAUUCCUUCGAGCUUCGUUACAAAUUGCGGGGAGGGUUUGUCGAACUCUGCAAUUCUGAAGGUCCCAAGUGGGCUGAGCUGGACGGUGGGUCUGGUGAGGGAUGAAAUUGGGGUCUGGUUUAGGAAUGGAUGGCAAGAUUUUGCAGAAUUUCACUCAUUGAGAUAUGGGCAUUUCCUGGUUUUUGAGUACAAGGGUUGCUCCAGUUUCUAUGUAGUUAUUUGUGAUAGAACGGCUGCUGAGAUUGUGUACCCGAUCACUAGAACUGCUAGCAACCAGCAGCCUGCUGAUGAAACUGGAAGUUUUUUACUUGAACCAAAAGUUGAGGUGAUUGAAGAUGUCUCUGAUGAAGUGGAUGCGCCCCAAAGAAGCAAGGGUAAGUCCCCAGUCGAGGUUUCGCAGUCUCGCGGUAGGAAGAACGAGAAGAAGAAUGUGCGGGGUAGUUCGUCUAGAAAUGGCAAAGUGAGGAUGGAGAGUUGCAGUAAGGAAAGUGCAGAAGGGCAUGAAUCAUCUGCACAAGGGAUUGGAAGCAAUUCGGUGGAGUUGGGAGUCAAAGAGGAAGAAGGAGGUGAUGAGAUGAUCCAUGAAGAGCCUCCAUUUGUGAGGGGACGUAAGCCUAUCACUGGAUUCACCUCACCACAUCCAUUUUUCGACUGCCGGAUGACUUCUAGUACUUUGUCAAGGAAGCAAUUGGUACGUUUAGUGUGAUAAGAACUGCUGCUUUAGAUUUGUGUUUGUUUUCUUAACUCUUGAAUACAGCAUAACAUGAACUCUUCAUGGUCUUUGAAUUUUCAGUACUUACCAGCAGGCUUUUCAGUCAGGCACAUUAGGAAAGACGAGAAGUCAGUGAAGCUUCAGGUCGCGGACAAAACUUGGCCAGUGGCACUAGUUAGGUUCACGAAGGACAAGUAUGUGUACUUCAGCGACGGCUGGCUUGAAUUUGCAGAGCAGAACUCUCUGAAACAAGGAGACAUUUGCAUCUUCGAGUGCGUUCAGAGGUGGACUAACGUCCUGCUGAAAGUCACCAUCGUUCGAGAAUGUUAAUACGAACUAGGAAUGCUAUUUAUCCUUUCUGUAUGUGUGGAAAGCUAGCACCCGGGACAGUGCAGAUAGCUAGUUCCCUGUUGUGUAUUUUCGAGAAAUAAUGACUUCUGUUGCCAAGUUCCAAAUGAAGCUUCUUCUUCAUUGUUUCUUUUAGCAGUCACAAAAACGCAGUUGAGUCUGGCUGCUAUACCUUCAUGU